AUGACUUGCAAUGAUUCAGGAAGGAACAAUUCAUUUUGUUUAUGUUGGACAAUCAAUUCAACAUCGAAACAUAUUCCUUUUCAAAAUCAAUCGAAAAAUAAAUUAAUCAAUGGUUUACAACUCGAACAAACGAAAAUAAAUUCUUGUCAAAAUCAAACUGAAUCAUUAACAAAUGAAAUUCAUGAAUUACAAAAAACAUUAAAUGAAUUCAAAAAUGAGAAAAAUGAAUCUAUUCAAAACAAAAUGGAUGGUGGUGAAAAUGAUGAACGACAAAAUCUUGUUCGACAUAUAACAGAAGAAAAAAUAAAAUAUUUUUUUUCUUAUUCGAAAUUCAAUUCAUUUCUCAUCGUCAAGGAUCAAUAUGAUCAACAAAACAAAAGAAAUCGCUAA